GUAAAUCGUUUAUUACUAAUUUUAAAUACAGGCGUUGUCUUACAUGGCAUAUGUAUUACAGAGAUCUGAUUUGAAGAAUUUACAAUGUCGUAAAUCAAUCAAGACAGCAGCCAUUAUGGAUAUAACUAACGUUAAAGGAAGAAAUAGUUUAAAGACAUUUUCUUAAGAAAUUAAUAUAUUCACAACAUUCAAGGACUUAGUUAAAUACAAAAGAAAGAAAUGCAUGUCAAGAUUAAUAUUGCAGUAGUGAUAAUUACAUGUAUGCACCUCGCCAAGCAAUCUAUAGCAGGCGUCACUGCAGACAAUAUGACACUGCACUUGGAGAAGACCUUCCUAAACUACGACACUCGGGUGCGCCCCCUGGUGGACGAUCAGUCGGACGCUGUUGACGUCGAGGUUGACUUCCAUCUGCUGGAUUUUAUGCUCGGGGUAGAAAAGCUGGAAACCACCGCGUUCCUCGAAAUAUCGUGGACCGACCAGAUUCUCGCAAAGCAGUGGCACAAUGCCGGCGUACCGGAACUAAUGAUUCCUCAGUCCGAUAUCUGGUUACCGGACUUGGCAUUGCAAAAUGGGUUCAAGACGUUGUCGGGACUCGGAAAUUCAUUUUACAACGUCAAAGUGAAUAAGGAAGGCAAAGUUACGUGGAGGCCUUACCACGUGUUUAAUAGCGCGUGUACGAUUGACGUCACGUAUUUUCCGUUUGACAAGACCACGUGCGAUCUGAAAUUCAUCGUCUGGAGUAAUCCGAAAUCUCUACUCAAAGCUCAUAUUAAAACGGGGAUUAUCAUGGACGGGUUCAGCCCAAACAGCGAAUGGGAGGUGGUGAGCACCACCGCAGUCAACGUCGAAACGGACACGUCGACCGGCGUAACAUUCUCCAUUUUCAUGAAACGGAAGCCACUGUUUUAUCUUGUGAAUAUCCUGAUUCCCGUUAUCAUGCUAGCGGCUCUUAACCCUUUCGUGUUCGCGCUUCCGGCAUCUUCCGGGGAGAAGACGGGGUUUGCGGUGACGGCGUUCCUGGCGUUCGCCGUCUUCCUGACUGUGAUCAGCGCCGAGCUGCCGACAACUUCUGACGACAUCUCAACGUUCUCCGCCUACCUGUUUAUCACCACGUUCCUCAGCGCGCUCAUCUCCAUGGUUACCAUAACGGAACUGCGUCUUUUUGUGAGGAAAGAUGACGUCCCUAUCCCGCUCGGGAUUGCGAAGUUUACGAAGACAAUCCGGGGUAUGAAGCUCCGCACGUGUUGCAGCAAAUAUGGCGGCUACAUACGGGGUCUUACCAUAGAGGAGAUAAAGCGUCGCCUCGACUGCGAUGUCACCUGGUCAGAUGUUGUCGAUGCAAUCGAUUUUGUUUUGUUUUGGGUCUUCCUGUUUCUGAUUGCCGCCGUCACCACUGCUUGCUAUUAUAUCGCUGUGAAAUCGGCGUUAUGAGAAAGGGGAAAGAGAAACAACUACUGCGUGACACUUGGAAUGCGUAACUACAUUAGCUCCCUUUGUGCCAAAUUUGAUAUCGAAAGUCAUUAUAUUACAAAUAAUAUCCUAUCAAUAUUUUUUCACAACAAAAUCUGAGUAUAGAUCUACACAAACGUACUUUUUCAUGGCUUUUUACGACUUGGUGGGAAAGUCUUUUUUUUUACUCUGCGACCAUCGUUAUUUUAAUAAC